AUGCCAAAACGUUCCCAGCUUGUUUUGGACCCGCCGUUGCCCACAGGGGUGGACGAGGCGGACCUUCUUCAGGCGUUGGACACCUUUCCAGAGUUCAAGCUGCUCUUCCUGUACAAGCAUUUUUAUCUUAUGACCUUUGACACCAUGGAAGGCGCACGAGACGCCUUGGAGCACCUUAAUAAUAAACUUCCGGCAAGCGUCGACAUUCGCUGGGACUAUUGGCAGCAUGGCGAUCCAGAAACUGGCCCAUACCCUGACGUUUCUUCUGCUGUCGAGUCCAACUUUGUCUUCAUACCCCGAACUUUUGUCCGUGCUUCAGCCAUCUGUAAAAUGGUUGAACAUCUUCCAGGGUUUCGUGGCGGACGGGCAGUGACCCGAGGUCAUAUCGUCCAGUUUCGGACCGUUCGGCAUGCUUAUGGGUGUAUUGAUUAUCUCACUAGCAAGACGGAUAUGCUUGUGUUCUUUGUGGAUAAAGAGGGCAAUCCAAUCGAGCCAAUUGCGGAAGAGGAUUCCUAUGGAGAUUUCAAAGCGGCAAAAGAGGGCGCAAAUGCACCGGAUCGGACCAGCCUUCAUCAGAACCUCGUUAUUUCUCCCUACGGAGGUGACAUUAGCGUCCUUAUCAACCUCCUCGCUUCCUUUUAUGGCUGGAAGAAGGCUCUCUUUGAUGGAUCCAUCAACUGCACUGCUACGUUUUCCGAUCCAGCAAUGGCCAGACGGGCGUUCAGAUAUUUCACUACGCAAACGCCUGCGCUUGUGUUUUUGGAGGCUGGAGGAACACAGCAAGAUGGACCCACGUAUGUCCGCAAAUCCACCAAAGGAAUUCACAUAGCUUUGGAUAAAAAAAUCCGCUUGCCGAAAAAACGUAAAACGGCGCAGAGGCGCCUAGAGACGUGGCUCGAAGGCUAUAAGGGCUUUAUCCAUAUCGCAUUCUUCAGUGAGGACUGUAUUAUUGCCGUCUUUGUCCGGCCCAUGGAUGCCGAAGCGGCACUUAAACACCUGAACGAGUCUACUAAUCUGUUGACAACCUUCUACCGGACGGGUGAACUUUGUCCGUCGAACUGUCAAUUCAAUCCGGUGCCCGAAAAGCAAGUGUCCCCUUCUACACCUGUUGGAAGCCCUAUCAAGGAAAUGAAGGAAGCAUUGAAAACGUCGGCCCCGCCGCCCCUAACAACAAGUAUUGCUAAGGAACUUGCGAAAGAGCCGUGUACAUCGCCGCCUCGGACUGAACCCGCUGCCGAAGAGCGGGUAAAAGCGCCGCUUCGGGCAUUUCUGUCUCUUAAAGGUGUAUCUGCGUCAACUUCAAAACAAGAUUUGCGGGAUGUGUUUUCGGCAUUCCGAGGGUUCCUUGAGGUUACAAAAGACCCGGAUCAGGUCAUUGUGACCUUCAGAACGGAAGAUAAUGCGGACCAAGUAAAAGAGGCCAUCAGCGCCUAUUGCCGGCUUGGUUCUGUAAAAGUCGACAUUCCAAACAUGUCCGGCUUUAAAAACGAGGCAAAAUCUGCCGUUCUUUCUAUUCAAGAACGUGCUGCGCGGACUCGUGCCAAGUUGCGCGAGCUCGAGGCCCAAAGUGCGACUAUGCAGCGUUUUCUGGCUGGUGGUCCUGAAGGUAAUGUAUCAUUUUAG